GGAAAGACGGUGCUAGAUUUCCUUCUGGCGGAGAAAUCUGAUGUGUAGGUAACAUGAAUCGGGCAAUCGCGGGGCACAGAUUAAAUUUAGCACGUUAACAGAAUUCUUUCGUACUGAUUAUCUUCACUGAAUAGAUAAACGGAUACAAAUUAAACAGCGCUUUUUCUCCCGUGCUCCAGGGAGAAGUGUUUUUGGUCAGACUUGCCAAAAUCACUACUUUGUUUCUCUUAUGGACUGUAUGUGUUACCAAGAAGUAGUCGCGCUUUAGCAGAGUUACGCAUCCCUACGUUAGGUGAAGUUUGGAGAAGCGAGGCCCGAUCUCUUGACCCGUGGAGUACUCUCGAGUCCCUCUGGAUGGAUGGAUGGGUAUGGGGAGAGCAGGACCUUACUACCCCGGGGCUGAGCGCCUCAUCUCCCCGGUCCUACAUCUACUAGUGCAGCUGUGCACCCUCUCCUCUCUCACUCACAUAGGUGAGAGCCAGGUCCAGACUCCACAGUGCCGUAUCCAGAAGUGCACCACUGACUUCGUCUCUCUCACUUCCCAUCUUAACCCUUCACUAGAUGGCUUUGAUACUGAGUUCUGCAAGGCGCUGCGAGCCUAUUCCGCCUGCACCCAGCGCACGUCCAAGAGCUGCAGGGGAAACCUGGUCUUCCACUCUGCCAUGCUGGGCAUCAGUGAUCUCAUGAGCCAGAGGAACUGCUCCAAGGACGGGCCCACAUCCUCUACUCAUCCCGUUAUCCCCAUUGAGCCAUGCAACUAUCACAGCCGCCAUCACCAAGCAAUUCGGCCUGGGACUGGGGCUCCAGAGCACACACGACCAACCUACCUGUUCUGUGGCCUGUUUGGAGACCCUCAUCUUAGGACUUUCAAAGACCAUUUUCAGACCUGUAAGGUUGAAGGUGCAUGGCCUCUCAUUGAUAACAAUUACCUGUCAGUGCAGGUCACAAAUGUUCCAGUGGUAUAUGGAUCCAGUGCCACAGCAACGAACAAGAUCACAAUAAUCUUCAAACCAUACCAAGAAUGCACGGACCAGAAGGUCUACCAGGCCAUAACAGAUGACCUUCCAGCUGCUUUUGUGGACGGCACCAUAAGCGGAGGCGAUAUCGAGACCCGCAGCAUCUGGAUCCUGGAGAAGUCGCCGGGUCGGCACAUAGAGAUCCACGCCGCGUACAUCGGUGUCACAAUAAUCAUACGCCAGCAGGGCCGUUACCUGACGCUAGCCGUGCGCAUGCCAGAAGAGUUUGCCAUGGCCUUCGACGAAACACAAGACCUGCAGCUUUGCAUGAACGGUUGUCCCACAUCAGAACGCAUCGACCAAGAGGGACAUCUUCAGCUGCCCAUGCUGGGCCUCCAGCAGGCCAGCUUUCAGCAGCAGGCAAGGGUCGGAGCCCAGAGAGGGGUGUUCACCCUCGAAAGCGCCUCCAGGAAGUGCAGAGAGCAACUGGAGGUUAAGGACAUCUAUUUCCACUCCUGCGUGUUUGACCUGCUCACCACUGGAGAUGCGAACUUCACCACUGCCGCCUACAAUGCCCUCAAGGACAUGGAGACUCUGCACCCCAAGAGGGAGCACUGGCAUAUUUUUCCUAACUCGGCCCCAGGGCUAAGGCCGUUUUCAAUGCCCCUCAAUGCAAUGCUAACCGGCUUCCUCGUCACUGUGCUUUUAUAAGGUGUACAGUGUUUUGAUAACUGUUUCGAAGAAGAAAAAAGACAGAAAAUGAGACUGUAAAAAGUCAGUACUCUGGGUAAAGAGUACUCUGUAUAUACUCUCUGUGCGGAGAAUGAAUGUUAGAAUACGAACCUUCAUUAGACUGUACAUUUUGUGUAAAUCAUGUUUUCAAGAGAGCUGAACAUUGUAGGUUUUUGUGAGUGAACUUUUUGAGAUUUCAUGUUUUUGUCCUCAGGAGAGGAAAUCUUAAUGGAAGCACUUUAUUUUUAUUAGAUUUUUUUGUUUGUUUUGUUUUGUUUUUGCAACUAGAAAACUUUUCCAUGGAACCAGUGCUCAAUAAUCUUACACUUGGCACAUUUUCUUUGAUACAUUUCUGUAGGACUCACCAUUACCUCACCAUUUUUUUCUUGUAGAAUCAUUUUCACAAUGUGGCUGGUGUAGUGAUUGUGUGAUAGCGGUUUAACGAAGGAUCAUGUUGACUAGAC